UUUCUAUUCCUUUCUUUACAGAAGUGCCUCCUGACCCUAACCUGAUGGAGUUAUGUGCUGCUGUGUUAUUAAAUUUUAGAGAAUGGGAAAAAUUGCUUGAACUGGAAGCUAAAAUUGAUUCAUACAUUCAGUUUUCAAAAGUCGUUGCCUCUGCAUGCAAGGAAAUGCUGAAUAAAGGAGGGAAAAAUGGUCCUCGAGAACUUUGGGAUACAAUUCUACCGAUAUUUCAAACUUCUACAUCUGUACAACAUAAACGUUCUGGUACCGGCAUAGUGAAAGAUUCUUCUCGAGAAACAUCUCAAGCAAUUAUGACAAGCUUUAUUUUCUGUAGGUCACAAUUGCAGCAAUUUAUCAAAAAAUUAAAGGACACUCUUGUUUUGGGAAUAAUCAUUUCAUGUUUAGCUAAAUUUUACAACAUACUAAAAGAUGACUCGAUUGGUGAAAUAUUUUUGGAGUAUCAAGGUAUUUGGCCAACUAUAAUUACCAACUCAGAUGGUUUUAAUAUGACAGCUGUUGGGGAAGUAUUUCAGAGCACUCUACAUCAUGCUUUAUCAAUCCAUCCAACUCAUACUGCAUGGUUGCGAACUAAAGGUGAUGUUAUGUAUGCUCUUAUCAGUCUUCAAAAUAGCAAAAAAGCUCCAACAGUUUCAGUGCAUGGUCAUUAUGCAUGUGCUUUAAAGUAUUACAUAUCAGCUGCUAUGGUUAGCAGUGACUUUUUCAGUUUGCCAUUGCCGAAAGCAAUUUUUGAUGACUUACAGUUCAAACACAUGAUUCAUUGUUGUACAAAGCUAUGUAAUCAUACUCAGGCUGCUGUUCUUCAUCAGUUCCUUGAAGAGCCCAAUUACACAAUGGCCUUCAAAGCGCUUGGUGAAAGAGUGUGUAAUGAUAGUUGUGAUACUUAUUACCCAUGCAUAUGGGAUGUGACACUUUUGGAAUUCCUUGUCCAUCACCAUACAAAAAGGGGAGAAAUGGACUGCCGUCAGUAUGUGAUUCAGCUGAUUGGUCAGCUGGAAUUGAAUUCUAACAAUAAUGAAGAAAUCCAAAGAGAAGCCGCAAGUCUACGAAAAGGAUGGUUUUUAAGAGCAAUGGCAAAACAGUACUUAUAAAAAAAUGUCAAUUUUUGUAAACAUAAUUAGAAAUAUUUCCCCAUAUGAAAGUGCUUCCAAAAAUUUCUUUUUAUUACUCAGGGGCUGCUUUCAAUUUAGGAAAACAGAUUUUCUUCCUUUAAAUAUUUUAAGUGAUUUGUUGUUCUAUUACACAUCAAUGUAGUAAUAUUUAUAAGUGGCUCAAAAUAUUUGCAACAUUUUUAGGCUAUUGAAAGGAGAAUAAUAAACAUCAAACACCUGUAAUUAAAAAAAUUCAUAAAAAUAUGAAUUGUGUAUAAUUUUUUAGAAUCUGAUUUAGAGAGGAGAGUCUUCAUUAUUCAAACAUCUUUUCCUCCUCAAAACUUUUCAUCUUCAUCCACAUUGUAUAAUAUAAUUUUGUA